CAGAUAAUAAUUCAGUUCUGUGUACAUUGUUCAAUCAGUCGGACGAAAAUAAUUUUCGGGAAUUUUGUUUGUUGCACGUGCAUGAUUUAUUUGUGCAAAUUCGAAUGUGUAUAAGCGAAUCAUAAAAUUCAAUGUUGAUAACUGGAGAUCGAGCAUUUAAGUGAUGAUCAACUCUGUAUAAAAAUGUGAAACCAAUGGAAUCGUGGAUAUUCUUCACACUAAGAAUCAGAUCUCAAUUAGUCAUAAAUCAAAUUUUUGCAUAAAUAUUGACAAUAAAUUGCUCGUUAAAAAGUUUAAAGUACCUAAUUAUAAAGUCAACAAACAAUAACCACGAUAAGUCAGACAAACUAUUAAAGUAACUUACAAACGAUUAACUAAAAUCAAACAAAGAAAAAUGGAUAUAAACAACGGUAAAGAACUCGAAAGAGAUACAACAGAACUAGCAGAACCAUACAUAAGCGGGAGUAAAUCAACGGAUCUAAUAAAACCACCUGGUUCUAUUGAAAAUCUCGAAGCUCAAAAAGGUGCUGAUUUCCAAGUCUACAAAAGGCGAUGGGUGGUGCUUGUCAUUUUCACCUUAUAUUCAGCCUCUAAUGCACUGCAAUGGAUUCAAUACAGUAUCAUAGCAAAUAUCGUCCAAAGGUACUACAAUAUUAGCAGCUCGUGGGUUGAUUGGACAUCAAUGAUUUAUAUGAUUUUGUAUAUCCCACUCAUAUUUCCAGCAAGUUGGUUUCUAGAUAAAGUGGGCCUGCGAACAACAGCUAUAUGUGGCUCAUUGGGAACGUGUAUUGGUGCUUGGAUUAAGGUGUUUUCAGUGGAUCCGAACUUGUUCUACGUUGGGUUCAUAGGGCAAUCUAUCGUCGCAGCAUCACAGGUUUUCAUACUGUCGCUGCCGGCACGAAUUGCUGCUGUAUGGUUUGGACCUGACCAAGUUAGCUCGGCUUGUAGCGUUGGUGUGUUUGGCAAUCAAUUGGGUAUUGCUGUUGGUUUCCUGCUACCACCAGUGAUCGUGCAAAACCACGAUGAUUUGGAUUUAGUUGGACAGGAUUUACAGUUGAUGUUUUAUCUUAUAGCUGGAUUUACCUCUGUUCUUGUUGUACUGGUUGCACUUUUUUUCCAAGCACAACCACCCACCCCACCGUCAGCAGCGCAAAGCGCCACAAAAACCAACGAACAAUCACCAUUCCUACAUUCAGUGAAGCGAUUAGUAUGCAACCGAAAUUAUAUUCUAUUGCUAAUAUCGUACGGUAUGAACGUGGGAGUAUUUUAUGCCAUCUCUACAUUGCUCAAUCAAAUUGUGCUGGUUUACUAUCCUGGACAUGAAAUCGAUGCUGGAAGAAUUGGAGUCGCUAUUGUUUUUGCUGGCAUGUUAGGCUCCGUAUGCUGUGGUAUUGUUUUAGAUAAGACGCAUCGUUUCAAGGAAACUACAUUGGCUGUAUAUGUGUUCUCAAUGUUGGGAAUGUGGAUAUAUUCCUUCACUUUAAAUACUGGUUACAUUUCUGUAGUUUAUGUGACAUCAUCGUUAUUAGGAUUCUUUAUGACUGGAUACUUACCAGUAGGAUUUGAAUUUGCUGCUGAGUUAACGUAUCCGGAACCGGAGGGAACGUCGUCGGGAAUACUGAAUGCGGCUUGUCAGGUGUUUGGUAUUACAUUUACUAUCCUAUAUGCUGAACUGUUGAAUGGAUAUGGUGAUUUAGCCGCCAAUUUGACAAUGGCUGUUAUGCUAGUGUUGGGAACGUUUGUCACAGCAAUAAUUAAAUCAGAUUUACGGCGGCAGGCCGCUCAAAAUAUCAAUCCUUAAAUAUUUUACUACUUAUGUGAUUUUUUGUUAAUUUUAUUUGUUUAGAGUUUAUUCGGUUGUAUAAUGUUGAAGCAAAAGAUUUCUUUAUUAUUGUUGAUAUCUCUUAAUAAGACAGUAGACUUAAGUUUUAAUAUUUCGAUAACUCAAUAAAGAUUCGCAUCAUUAAAUUAUUGAUAAAGAUUUUAACAAAGAAAUCAAAUGGAAAUUUGUUAAUUAGAAGUGAUGAUCGUUUACAUAUUGAAAAAAGAAGAAGAAAAAAAUUGAAAUUAGAAAUGCGUGGUAGAAAGGCGUACAAAUUCUGCUGGCAUGCUCAUAGGGAUAAUAAUCGUAGUGAUUUCAAUGUAAAUUAGAAAAUUUAGUUGUUAAGUCAAAUAUCGAUGUUUAGGUACAAAAGGCAACACCGAAACUUUCAGUCGAAAGGUUCAGCUAUGUAACGAUUUCAAGGAGAGUGAACUUAAAUUUUGUUUGGUGAUGGACAGCAAAUUGCAUAUGUAAAUUAAGAAUUUUUUAGGUAAAAAACUCUGUCGGAGCAACACAUUCUUUCAACUUUUCUUAGUCGAGAAAAUUGAAACAUUGGAAAGCCGACAGAUUUAAACCAUAAAAACAAGGUUAUAACAACUAGCUUGUUUUAAUUAUUCGUAUUUGUGAUUCGUUAUUUAUUACAGUGUACCAUUAGUUUUCAAGGUUAGUAGUGUCACAAUAAACGCUCAAUAAUGGUUGUAAUUAAGACAUAUUACAAGAACAAAAACCGUAACACUUCAGACUCAACAUGAAGGGUCUAAGUAAAGUACUGGUUGAACUUCAACAUGUUUCGAAUAAAUUUAAUUAGGAAUAAUGAACGUCUGAAACUGAAAAGAGCGAUGUUAAAAACGACUAUGCAUCAAACCAUGAGUUGGGGAAUAAUUGCGAAUUGAUUUACAUUACCGCUUCAAGUAAUGUUUGAAGAUUUUUGUCUUUACUUUGAAUUGCUUAAAAACACGGACGCUCGUUCAUGGUACAUUUGUAAUAAUAAGGUAAAAAGAGCUCAAAGUAAAAUUGAAUCAAACUUUUUGAAGCAGCUAGUCAUCUGCUAAUAAGAAGUUAUCAGAAGAAUUAAUGAUCAUCGUAAUCAUAUCACGAUAAUCUUGUGCACCUACUGUAUGAACCCAACUCAUUGAUCCUUUGUCAGGUCCUAUGGACAUCAACGUAUUGAUUAUUAUAAAUAUUGAAAUUUAAAAUCCAAAACAUCGUUUUGCAAAUGUCAUAGCCAUUAAAUCUGCUACUUCUACUCAUUAAAAUAUGGUCUAAUUUUCGGAAUACAAAUUCCUUCACUUCGUUUGUUUUAGCUUCUGUUUUGUUAUAUGUAUGAACAUAUUAGCUAGAGAUCCAUAUUUAUUCUCGUCGUCCUUGUCGAUAACAGAUGGAUAGUCAUAAUUUUGAUGGAUAGUCGUUUAUAAAAUGGUACCGACUCUGAAUUCGUCAAAUUAUUCAAUCUAUGUUGUUGCUGAACUGAAAUGUUGACAGGAUAACGGAUCGUGCGUGUUACAAUGAAGGAAAACCAAUUAAUUAUUGAUUCUGUUCGCAUUCCAGUCAAAUUUUAUAGAUGUGACAAUUAAAUGAGAUGAGAGUUAGUUAGUGUACAUAAAUCUACGAUAGAAUUGUGAUUUAAAAAUUUAUAUAUUAAAUGGAUCGCUGUUAACAUAAUAAAAGAACAAAAUAAAUAUUUAAAACAGAAAUAGUUAGAAGCCUAAUUUAAACCCGAUGCAAAUUACCAUUUUACUAUUAUCUUAUUGUUCAAAAAAGAAAAUGCCAAAAAUAGUAUUAAAGCAGCCGAUAUAUUGCCAAAAUUUAUUUUUUUUAUUGAUUUUUAUGAAUUUUGUUUUUAGUAACGAGAAUGAACACAUUACUUAUUUACCAUGAUGUAACAAAAAAAGAAGGAGAAAUUGUUAAAAGCUCUAAGAGCUUUUUUUAAAAUAAAAAGAAUUUAUAUUAAAGUUGCCAAAAUAUUUAAAAUGAAUAUUUUUGUAUAUUAAGAUAAAAUGGAUAUUAAAAUAGUGAAUAAACUAUUGUGGUAUACAGCCACCGACAAAGAAAAAAAAAGAAGAAAAGAAAAGACAGACCUAACUUAUGUAUAUAUUGUGUUCCGGCUCUCAUUUCCUCAAAAAUCAAUUUAUAAGUUUUUCUCCGUUUGAACGUUGAAAUAUUUUUAAAUUUAUGUUAACAUGACAAUAAA